AUGAGCUACCUCUUUGUGGAUUACUACGAGGACAUGGGCAUCAAGUUAUGCUUUGCUUCCAUGGCACACCCACGUAGCAACGGGCAAGUCAAGAGAGCCAAAGCAGAAAUCCUCAACGGGCUGAAAACCAGGACCUACGACGAGCUCAAGAAGCAUUGCACAGGCUGGAUAGACGAGCUUCUGGCGGUGGUUUGGGCGAACCGGACCACCCCAAGCCACGCAAUAGGUGAGACACCAUUCUUUCUCGUGUACGGAGCCGAAGCCGUGCUCCCGGCCGAAGUAAAAUUGGGAAGCCUGCAGGUACAAGCCUACAACGAGGAAAAUCAAGAUCAGCUGUGA